GACACAAUGGAUCCUUCAUCCAUGCUACCGCUGAGUCGGCCAGGUUACCAGCCCAAGAUGCGGCGGAGGAGAUGGUUGUCAAAGUCCAACCCAGCGUUGAUGAACAAUUGGACACCUUACUGUCAGGAUCGCUCAGGGUGGGCAAAGCAGUAUUUAUUAGAGAUGCUACGUGCACAACAUAAAACGCAUGGUGCGAGCUGUGGCUGGAUGCAUGAUCGAGGAAUGCCCCAGCCAGGGGUGCCCGGUUCUAUCACAAGAGGACUGUAUGGAUGGUCUUCUGGAGAGCAAGGAUUGAUUGAAGUACGAAGUCUGCCAUAG